AGCCGGCUAGCUGCUAGGUAGCUCCCCUCCAUGCUAGCGCUCCCCUGCAGAGCUCUGUAGUAGCAAAAAGAAUCGCUAGCUCGUUGCUCUUAUUUGCUCCGGGGGACAGGGAUGGCACAUCGUUUCCAUUCGGAGGGACUGCAACAGAAAAACCUGCCACUCUGGAUCAAGAAAACUUGCCCCUCGUGUCUGGGUGGAGUAAUACUCUCAAGCCAAAAUCAAUGCCUUCAGCGCUGGCUAUAUUCGCCUGCCGACCCAACUCGCACCCAUUCCAGGAGCGGCAUGUGUACCUGGAUGAGCCGGUCAAGAUCGGCAGGUCGGUGGCUCGAUGCCGCCCGGCCCAGAACAACGCCACCUUCGACUGCAAGGUGCUGUCCAGAAAUCACGCUCUGGUGUGGUUUGACCACAAGACUGGCAAGUUCUACCUGCAGGACACUAAAAGCAGCAAUGGGACGUUCAUCAACAGCCAGCGGUUGAGUCGCGGCUCGGAGGAGAGUCCGCCCUGCGAGGUCCUCUCCGGCGACAUCAUCCAGUUUGGCGUAGACGUCACUGAGAACACACGCAAAGUCACCCAUGGCUGCAUCGUGUCAACAAUCAAACUCUUCCUACCUGAUGGGAUGGAGGCACGCCGGCGAAGCGAUGUCAUCCAGCCUCCAUUACCACUACCUAUAGACAAGGUUGCAGCCAACACUCCCAGUAUGUAUUCUCAGGAACUGUUCCAGCUUUCCCAGUAUCUACAGGAGGCCUUACACAGAGAGCAGAUGCUGGAGCAGAAGUUAGCCACACUGCAGCGUCUGUUAGCCACCACGCAGGAGGCCUCGGAGAGCAGCUGGCAGGCUUUGAUUGAUGAGGACCGUCUGCUCUCCAGGCUGGAGGUGAUGGGCAGUCAGCUCCAAGCUUACUCUAAGUCCCAGACGGAGGAAGGGAUCCGUAAGGAGCUCUUGGCUCUUCAGGAGGACAAACACAACUACGAGACAACAGCAAAGGAGUCUCUGAGGAGAGUCCUGCAGGAGAAGAUCGAGGUGGUCAGGAAGCUGUCAGAGGUGGAGCGCACACUGAGUAACACAGAGGAUGAAUGCACCCACCUGAAGGAGAUGUCUGAGAGGGGUCAGGAGGAGCUGAGGGAGCUCGCCAACAAGUACAACGCGGCCGUUAAUGAGAUCAAAGAGCUCACUGACAAAAUUAAGGCGGCAGAGGGCAGACAAGAGGAGCUGACUCAGCGAGGAGCGACAGAGAAGAGGGAGUUGGAACUGCGGAUUGAGGAGAUGGAGGAGAAGGAGCAGGUUCUCCAGGCUCGCAUCGAAGCUCUGCAGGCAGACAACGACUUUACCAACGAGAGGCUCGCCGCCCUGCAGGUGCGGUUAGAACAGCUGCAAGAGAAAAGCAUUAAAGAGAACAACAGUCUGGAUGUCGUCACUGUCUCCCACGGACCGGUAGAGGAGGAGGACUCAGACCUCAGACUGCAGAUACGAGCGGGCCGGGAGGAAGACGAGGAUGAGGAGGAUACAGACACCGAUGAUGGUGCAGUUGGGGAAGAUGAAGAUACUGAUGACAACUGUCACGUUAACAACAGCGGAGGAGACUCGACUAGAAUCCAACAGUUGAUUGAGUGUCCGCCCGUGAAGCAGCUGAAGGAGACGGUCAGCUCUUCAAUCCACAAACUGGCCAACUUUGAUGUGAUGGACGCCCACUUACAGAACAACCAGACGGCCGAAGACGACCUCCUGACCAGCCCCGAUCGCCUCAAAGGGAAUCAGAUGGACGCCAAAGAGUCAGACAUGUCCGACACUCUGAGUCCGAGCAAAGACCGCAGCAGUGACGACACGUCCGAUGGAAACAUGAACGACCAGGAGCUGAAUGAACCGCAGAACAGAGUAGCUCUGCUCAAAGCUGAGCUGCAUCGGGCCGGUCUCGAGCCUGGAGACACGGAGCAGGUCAUCCACCAUCUCCACAGAGAGCUUCUGGAGGCCCAGGAAUUAGCCAACACCGGCAAGCAGAAAUGUCUGGAGCUCCAAGCUCUGUUGGAGGAGGAGAGGAGGAGUAACUCCCAGCUGACUGAGGAGUCGACCAAACAGAUCCAGUACCUGCAGACUCAGCUUGGGAAGCUGCAGGCUGACAUGGAGGCACUGAGGGAGCAGAGGGAGAGCACCAUCUGCAGCACCCGAGACGAGCUUUACUCUGCUCAGGAGGAGAUCCUCGUCCUGCGACACGCCAUGGAAGCGGCCACGGCGGAGCGGGAGCGUGAGAUCGCCGCCCUGCAGGCAGACCUGACCGGCGUGCGCUCCGAGCUGGAACACUGGAGGAACACGGCCACCAAAUACGAGGAGGAGAUCGCCCGGCUGCAGGAGGCCUUCACGCAGCAGCAGCAGACCGCUGCCAGCCAGCUGCAGGCGGACUGCGCUGCGUUGCAGCAUCGGUGUUCGUGUUUGCAGCAGGACUGUGACGGCCUGAGAGCUGAGCGGAAAACGCUCACAGAAAAGCUGCACUGCCUGGAGGCUGAGCUGAGCAGCACCAGGGAGCAAAGUCUGGCUCUCAGCAGCAGUCUGGAGUCUCUGGAGAAGAGGGAGGAGGUUUUGCAGGGCAAACUGGGUUCUCUGGAGAAUCAGCACCUGCAGGACGCAAGCAGGCUAAAGAGCCAGCUGGACCAGGCCCAGGCCCGCACACACACACUGCAGAAAGAGUAUGAAGACACACAAUCCCAGCUGUCGGACCUCCGUCAGCGCUACGAGAGAACGGAGAAGGAGAAGCUGAACAUCCAUCAGGAGCUGGAGCAGUGCAGGAGCAGCCUGAAGCUGCUGCAGGACAAGUCCAGCUCUCCAUCCAUAUUGCAGCCUGUCCAAGCCAUAUUCAUGGGCCUUGUCCUGGCUCUGCUCUACUGGUGUUUCGGCCAGUUAUGGUAGAAAGAGCGGCUGGAGCUCCUGGAUGCCGGUCGUCGCAGUGAUGGUCGCCGUGACGGCCGCCGUCCUCUACCCCAACCUCUCCAAGAGCAGCUCCACCUAGGACACGCAAACACAAGCAAACACACACACACGGAGCGCGGCGAGGAGAGCGUCACGGCUUUACCUGUAUAAAGUUUAAUUGUACAUAAUUGUAGAGGGAAUAUAAAGGUUGUGGUUUCUACAGAGGACUCAGAAGCUUCUUGGUUUCUUUUUUAUUUUUUGGUUCAUUUUUCUGUGGCAGGGAGUUUUGUUCUUAUUCUCACUCUCAGCUCUGGUGGGGGCUCUUUUUUUUUUUUUUUUUUUUUUUUUUUUUUCCCCCCCUUGGUUUUCGUCUCUGCUGAUUUCCCGGUAACACAACAUUCUGCCACAGGCGGAGCUUCCACACACACACACAAACCCUACCUGAUGUGGCGCUCGUCUCGGUUCCACCGUUAACAGACGGGUGGAGGCCAACGUGGCGUUUCCAGCAGCUUCGGGGGGCUCACUGAUGGGUCAGAAUCUGUUUGACCUUUAACCCGAGAACAGACAGUGUGAUGGCUUUAAUUUUCCUCUCUGAAUCCUUCAGACCAGCUUCCUGCUGGUCCAGAUCAGAUCCAGAUCAGGAGCUGCUCCUCUUUUUGAUAAUCCCAUUUUACAGAAACUGAUCUGAGAUCAUCCUCGAUUAACACGAAUAAACUGAGAAAACAUUUAUUUACACACACACACACACACACACAGGUUUGUGUGUGAGUUUACAAACGCACACAAAGGUUUAAUUUUUAUGUCCAAAUAGAAAUAAAACACUUUAUAUCCUCUAAGGAUUUUGGACCGGACACGUCCUUGGUGGCUACAGUUUCCAAACAGUAACUAACUGGUGAUGAUAUCCUGACCCGUGCUGGACUUAAAGCCAGGGGGAGUCGGCCCCUCCCUCUUCCCGUGUCCCACCGAAGCCGAGACAAACGGGGAUGGAACCAGGCGCAGAGAUGCCCUCAGCGUUCACCCAGCUCUGAACACUGAGGGGUCACAGUCGUUGAACCUUGGCUGGUUUCUACCAGUCUCAGAGUGUCGUGUAAACCAUGAUUGGUGCCCUGAACGGGUGCUAUCACUCCGGGUCAGAGCGGACCUGGGAGUAAUGACUCCACAUUCCCCACAACCUCAGACAUCCCCGUCCGAGGCCGGAUGCAGUCUUACGUCGUACUCAGGACGUUGGCGGAAGUGAGUGACCGUCCUGAGAGCGCCUCCUGUGGAACAAAGGAGGUGGUGCGCUCGGCGGUUUUCCUGCAAACAUCGUUACUGAUGGAUUAGUUUGAGCUGCUGGUCUUUGGCACCAUUUUACUCCAACUUUGUCAAGUUGGCUCUUUUCUUUCCCACAGGUAGUUUGCAUGUGUGUCUCCUGUUUCUUUGUGUCCAGGUAGAUGUUAGUCUGUUGAGGCUUUCAGCCUUAAACACACUCGCUCAGUCUGCAGCACCUCCAUGGCGUCAGGCUCGAGCAGGUCUGAGUUUGAACAAUCAGCAAAGUCAGAGCACAAACGAAGCACAAAUGCUCGGCGGCCCGUCAUGGCGAACCCGAGGCUGCUGGGAGGAAGCUCCGCUUGGUCUGCGGUCACUCGGCCAUGUUGGAUGUCUAACGUGGCGUUUUUUUCUCUGUGGGUUUUUUUCCUUUGGGGGAAGUUUGGGGGUCUAGGUUGAAACUUGAAGCCAAAAUAUUAAAAUAAAGUCAGAUUUA